AUGCCCCUCUGGCAAAUUCAUCACGGUUCCCAAACCCUCUCCGAUGAGGAUAAGAAAGCCCUCGCGAAACAAAUCACCGAAGUCUACGUGAAUUAUGGGCUGCCCGCGUUUUAUGUCCGAGUGGAAUACCAGGAAAUGUCCCCAACGACUUCGUUCACUGGCGGCGAACAUAACCCUAAAUUCGUGGGUUUGACCGUCUACCACCUUGCGCGCCAAAUGACGUCCGAUUCACAGGUGCAACGGUUCCUGAGCGAUGUCGAUACUGUUUUGACGCCCUUGUUUGAGCCGAAGGGGAUCGAUUGGGAGUAUUUUGUGACGGAGGCCCCGAGUAAUCUGUGGAAGAUAAAUGGGCUGGUGCCGCCGCCGGCAGGGUCAGAGGGGGAAAAGCAAUGGCGCCGCUUGAACAGACCUGUGAAGCUGUGA